AUGGAAGAUAAAGAAGAAAACGUGGAUCUCAUGGUCCUAGAAAAUCAGUCCCCUGUAGUGUUCGACGACCCUGGUGGAUCGGAUAGCGAGUCAGACAGCUCUGAUCAGAUUUCACUAGAGCCAGAAGAUCGAAGACAGAAACAAAACGAAAUCUUCAAAUCUCUGCUGUCCAAAGGAGCUGAAACAAUUACGGCUGAGGAUAUUCAGAAGGCAAUGAAAGUGAAGAACGACAGUGAGCUUUCUAUGUCGAAACUGAUGGCAAAGCAGGACUUCGCAUCUGUCAUCCACGACCCAAGAGAGUACCAGUUGGAGCUGUUUGAGAAGGCGAAGACAACGAAUAUCAUCGCUGUGUUGGAUACUGGAUCGGGCAAAACAUUGAUCGCCGUACUCUUGCUCAAACAUAUGAUUCGAAUCGAAUUGGCUGAUCGAGCUAGGGGAAAACCGCCCCGUAUAUCAUUCUUCUUGGUCGAUAGCGUGACGCUUGUGUACCAGCAAGCCGCCGUCCUGAAAGAAAAUAUUGAUUAA